GGGAGACCAGUUCUUGGCGCUGCUUGCUAUGCAGUUCAAUUGGAAUCACUCGAAGCCGGCCAGAAAAAACUUUAAAAAAUACCAACACUGUAGCCCAAACAGCUUACGCGAAGCUGGUUAUGAUAUGAGAUAUAUAUAUAUAUAUAUAUACAUCUCCUUCUCUUCUUCCUUCAAACAUCGCCAUGGCCACCUUCAUCUCCACUCUCGCAAUAUUCUCCCUUCUUCUCUCAGUGUCUCAGUCCCAAGACCAACCACCGCCACCUUCCAACCAAACAUGUAACGCCAUAUUCAUAUCCUACGUUUACAAUUCCGGGGACCCUCUCCCGCCCAAUCUCCUCCCCUCCGACCCGACCCGACAGCCCUACCGGUUCAAUUCCACCCUGACCGUGCUCAACAACGGCCUCGAAGAGCUCAAGUCUUGGCGGGUCUUCGUCGGGUUCCGGCACCAAGAGUUGCUGGUCUCCGCUCCUAAUGCUGUCUUGGCGGAUGGGACUUCGCUUCCCGCAAAUGUGAGUGAUGGGGCCGUGUUCGCCGGAUCUUCCAUGCCGGAUCUCAAGUCGGCGGCUCAGACCGCGGGGGACGUGAACCAGAUGCAAGCCCAGAUCGAAUUGGUGGGGACCCAGUUUGGAAUUGGAGAUCCGGAUGUUCCCCUGCCGUCCACUCUCUCUCUGUCCAAUGAUGGGUUCUCCUGCCCCGCUCCGGCCAAACUUGGAAAUAAGGAGCUGCGUUUGUGCUGCACAAAAGAUUCAAGCGUUGGAUCCAAAGCUCCUCCAAACACAAAUUUCCAGCCGCUUCAAGAUGGCGAUCUCACCAUUUUGUACGACGUGAUCAAAUCCUAUGAUACAAACUACUGGGCUCGGGUCACCAUCUCCAACCACAACCCCAUCGGCCGUCUCGACAAUUGGCGGCUAAGCUGGGAUUGGACCAGGGAUGAAUUUAUCUACUCCAUGAAAGGAGCUUACCCUGAUGUCGUCGACACCACGGACUGCUUCUUCGGCCGCCAAGGCGACUACUACCGGGAUAUGGAUCUCUCCGCCGCCUUGAACUGUAAGAGAAGACCAACCAUUGUCGAUCUCCCAGUUGACAAAACUAACGACACGAACCUCGGGUUGGUUCCUUUCUGCUGCCGGAACGGCAAAAUUCUGCCUGCUUCCAUGGACGCCAGCAAGUCCAAGUCGGUUUUCGUAAUGCAAGUUUACAAAAUGCCGCCGGACUUGGAGAGAAGCGAACUUUCCCCGCCCCAGAAUUGGAACAUCACCGGUGCUCUCAACCCGGGUUUUCGAUGUGGGCCUCCGGCGAGGGUGAGCCCUACCCUGUUCCCGGCAGCCGGUGGACUACCGUCGGAGUCGGUCGCAGUGGCUAGUUGGCAGGUGGUUUGCAACAUAACAAGUACCAAGUUGGAGAAACCAAAAUGCUGCGUUUCAUUCUCGGCAUUUUUCAACGAUUCUGUGAUCCCGUGCAAUACCUGUGCUUGUGGCUGCCACAACCAGCAAAGCAAUGCUUGUAGCGCCACUGCGCCGGCUCUUCUUCUUCCAUCCGAAGCUCUUCUGAAGCCCUUUGAGAACAGAACCAGAGACGCAUUGGAUUGGGCAGAGCUGAAGAAUCUGGACUUGCCGAAUCCACUGCCUUGCGGGGAUAAUUGCGGGAUCAGCAUCAACUGGCACUUGCUCACAGAUUUUAGAGGUGGAUGGACUGCGAGAAUGACACUAUUCAAUUGGGAUGAAGCUAGUGUUGCAGACUGGUUCGCUGCAGUGGAACUGGACAAAGCUGUGGCCGGCUUCGAAGCGGUGUACUCCUUCAACGGAAGUGUGUCCCCGAAUGCUAAAAAUAUCAUAUUUCUACAAGGUUUUCCGGGUUUGAAUUAUCUUGCGGGUGAGAAGGAUGGGGCUAAUCCAAAGAAAGAUCCUCGUGUUCCAGGCACCCAGCAAUCAGUGAUAUCGUUUACGAAGAAGAAAACGCCGGGGAUCGAUGUGGCUCGGGGAGAUGGUUUUCCAAUUAAAGUGUACUUCAAUGGCGAAGAGUGCUCGCUUCCUUCCGUGCUUCCAGCAACCAGUAAUGGUCAUCCAACGGCGAAAACUACUGCUUUUUGCAGCAUCAUGCUAGGUCUCCUAGUUCUUGCGUUUUUGUUAAGGCCCAACCUAUAGCUCUUCCAUGUUGUGUUUUGGAAGAUUUAACCAUUUAUUCUUUCAACCUACGUUUUGUUUGCACCAAUAUUGGGGAUUGGGUGGCUGAUGUAAUGUUUCACAAGACUAGUGUAAUUUAACAUUUAAACAAUCAUGAUGGAGACAUUCCAAGAGAAGAGAUUUUAUGAUUUUAGGUGAA